CAUGGGGGUUCUGUCGAUCCCGUCACAUAGUAAAACCACCCCCCUCCCCCUGCAAAAAAAAAAAAAAAAGCGACAUGUUCGCGCUGGAGGUUUUGGGAAACGUACCUUUGUUCGGGGAGGCCAUCGCUGCCGCCAAUCUUUGUAACCCUGCUACUGCUGCUGCUGCUGCUGCUUUCAAAGGAAGAUCAAUCUAUCAACUCAAGAGAGCUUUCUCGAUUAAGUGCGUUUGCAGCGGCGACGCCAGCAGUACCGACACCGUUCCCCUAGCCGAUGAUGUGUUUUCCGUGACAUCAUCAAGCAAAUGUGACGUAGAUUAUCUAGGGGAAAGCACCAAAGGCGAUCUGAACCUCAAGCUAGAUCCUCUUCUGACUUUUGGAAUUGAUGGCCACGCAACUUUAGAAGGUCCAAUUGAGGAGGUUGCCAGGACGGAGGCUCAAGAAGCUGAGGAUUUGCUUCGAGACCUGGGUAUCCCUAGUCCUGCUGCAAGAUAUUCUCCCCGUGGCAUAUUUUGUAGCCGAACACUGAACCUCCGGUCAAUUAGUGCCAUCGGAUAUGACAUGGACUACACCUUGAUUCAUUAUAAUGUUAUGGCUUGGGAAGGAAGAGCAUAUGAUUACUGCAUGGACAAUCUACAGAACAUGGGUUUUCCAGUUGACGGGGUUGCAUUUGACCCAGACUUGGUCAUUAGAGGUCUUGUCAUUGACAAAGAAAACGGUAACCUGGUUAAGGCUGAUAGAUUUGGUUAUGUGAAGAGAGCCAUGCAUGGGACAAAAAUGCUAUCAACUCGAGCUGUCAGUGAAAUGUAUGGGAGGGAACUUGUGGACCUGCGAAACGAGAGUCGAUGGGUGUUCCUGAACACACUAUUUUCUGUUUCAGAAGCUGUGGCUUACAUGCAGAUGGUUGACAGACUGGAUGAAGGAGCUAUCUCAGCAGAUCUUGGUCCACUUGAUUACAAAGGACUUUAUAAGGCUGUUGGAAAAGCUCUCUUCAGAGCACAUGUAGAAGGACAGCUUAAGAGUGAGAUAAUGUCAAAGCCUGAGCUAUUUGUGGAGCCUGAUCCAGAACUACCUUUAGCACUUUUGGAUCAAAAGGAGGCUGGUAAAAAAUUGCUGCUUAUUACAAACUCAGAUUACCAUUACACGGACAAAAUGAUGCAGCAUUCCUUCAAUAGAUUCCUCCCCAAUGAUAUGAGUUGGCGAGAUCUGUUUGACAUUGUUAUAGUGUCUGCAAGGAAGCCGGAGUUCUUUCAAAUGUCACAUCCACUAUAUGAGGUAGUGACCGGUGAGGGGUUGAUGCUUCCUUGCUUCAAGGCUCAGACAGGAGGUUUGUACUCAGGAGGAAGUGCUCAGAUGGUUGAGAAUUCCCUUAACAUACAUGGAGAUGAGAUUUUGUAUGUAGGUGACCACAUCUACACUGAUGUAAGUCAAUCCAAAGUCCAUCUUAGAUGGCGAACAGCGCUAAUUUGUCGAGAAUUG